AUGUCAGGGAACUACGACUAUCCCCCUGCCUCUUCCCGUCGCCCAUCCCGUCCCAGUGGCCCCAGUGAACCGUCCGGACUCAGCGAACGCUAUCCCCGUACCCAACAACUUAUCGAAGCCUUGACCUCGCAAGGCACCACCUUCCAGAACCAGGACGAUCCAGUGCUCGAUACGCUUCUAUCAGAACUACGAUUCAGAGAAGAUAGGGCCCUUGCAAGUCUUGACCAGCUCUCGGAUAUCAACACCACUCCGGAUCAGAACGACGAAACCCCGCGUGAUAGUCCACGCUCCACUCUCAGACCACCACCUCCCAUAGGACACCUAGACUACUUGCGCAAUUUGAUCCAGUCUGGAAGCAAUCGAGUCAAUGCAGAAGAUACAAAUCGUGCAUUAGAGACGUUGAAUCAGCACAUCGAAGAGCAUCACCUGGACGUGCCCCGUAUUAAUCGCACCAACUUGGCUCAAGUCGAAGCCUCAGCCGAGCGCCAAAUCCAGCAGUUACAAACCGCCAUAGACGCAAGGCACUCCUCUAUUAUUGAUCAGCUCCGAGCGGAACGGAAUCGGCAUCGGCGUUCAUCUCCAAGCCCGCUUCCGAAUCAGGAGCCAUUCUCACCGGCCAGCCGAACCCUCCGACGCCGUUCUUUCCGACCUGACCUCCGAGGAAUUUCGACCCUUAACGAGACCCUCCCAACUCCAUCCCUCAUGCCCCAGCCGCCUCACACCGGCCGCGAUGGCCGCGGAAGGCAAAAGCGGCGGAAGUUGGAGACCGAUGACAACCGCGAGGGUAUGCGGGGGUUCAACUACGGACAGUAUGGCCAGGUUGUCCCGGGCGCUCUGAAGAUGGAGAUUGCUAGCUGUGAUGGAGGGAUUUACGAUCCUGAUGGGGAUAGCUCGUUCCCGGAGAAUGUCCUGCGGAAUGACCAGUCUGUUUACUGCACCAAGUCUGAUCGAUGUAACUUGGUGCUGAGACACCGAGGCGAGGCACCCUUCUGUUUGAAGAAGAUUGUCAUCAAAGCCCCUCGCACCGGAUUUGAUUCUCCUAUCCAGGAAGGCAUGGUGUUUGUGUCUAUGACGUCUGAUGAGCUCCUUGCCCGCACCGCCCAAUACCAGAUUCAAUAUGCGAGCACACGUCGCCGUCGCCGCCCUCGCCGCACCGGUCUACAGCCGUCCCAAGAAUACCUAAAUGCCUUUCGAUCUCCUCUUCAGUCGCUAGAGCGGACUGUCCUGAUGGGCCCCGAUUCGAACGCCGCACCUGAAGAGAACGAGAAUACAGACCGAAAUGCGAAUGACCCCCAAGCCGAAUUCCGCGUGACCACAGAGUACGAUGAAAACUCCGAAGAUAACGUGUUCACCGAACGCGAUGACGAGGACGAACCUUCCAUCACCGAGCUCGAGCGCAUCCGAGAGGACGACUUACUCUGCUCAGACACCGACGACAGCAUAAGCGAUGACGAUGAUGACGAUGAUACCACAAUGAGUACCUUCCACCGCCGCCGUCUCGAACUACAGCGCCGCAUAGGAACCAUGCGCCGGCAGUAUCCCGAUCCGAGUUCAAGACGCCGCCCACCCCCGAGUCUAGUUGACCCUCUCCCUCCCGCAAUGUCUGGAUCGAAUGGGAAUGGUAAUGGGACUGCAGCUGGCGCGGAGGUGAUGAAACCACAUGCACGCUUCUUCAUCGAGCGGGAGAAGAGUAUGGUCAGCAUCAAGUUCGACCCGCCUCCGUCGGGCCGCUUUAUUCUCAUCAAGCUUUGGAGUCCUCGCAGUGACGGCAAUAUCGAUAUUCAAAGUGUUAUUGCUCAUGGCUAUGCUGGCCCAAGAUACUUCCCUAGUGGUGGCUUCCGAUGA